UGACCGAAAACACGACGAACUGGCGAACUGACUGAAAUACAGCGAACUUCUUUUCAACUGUUUAAAUUACUAACUAGCAAAUUGUACAGCAUGAUCUUCACGAAAGCCAUACUAUAGCUGGCCUAGAAAUUAAGAAAGUCUUUGUGGGUCUGACAUAAAGUAUAUAUGAAAGAUGGGUGUUCCAGCAUUUUUUAGAUGGCUGUCUAAAAAAUAUCCAUCCAUUGUGGUACACUGUGUUGAAGAAAAGCCAAAAGAAGUAGAUGGCACAAAGAUACCAGUUAAUACAAGUUUGCCUAAUCCAAAUGAUUAUGAAUUCGAUAAUCUAUACCUGGACAUGAAUGGAAUCAUUCAUCCUUGCUCGCAUCCAGAAAAUAAACCUGCUCCUAAAAAUGAGGCUGAGAUGAUGGUUAACAUCUUUGAAUACAUAGACAGGAUAUUUUCAAUAGUGCGACCAAGGAGGUUACUAUACAUGGCUAUCGAUGGGGUGGCACCAAGAGCAAAAAUGAAUCAGCAACGAUCCCGUAGAUUCAGAGCUGCAAAAGAAUCCAGAGAAUCCCGCGAAAUUAUUAGUAAUAUUAAACAAAACCUCAGAGAAAAAGGUGCACUAUUGCCUCCAGAAAAAGAAAAAACUGAACACUUCGACAGUAACUGCAUAACACCAGGUACUGAUUUCAUGGAUAGAUUAUCGGGUUGCUUGCGUUACUACAUUGGUGAUCGACUAACAAACGAUCCUGGGUGGAAAAACAUCAAGGUGAUAUUAUCAGAUGCUAACACUCCUGGCGAGGGAGAGCAUAAAAUAAUGGACUUUAUACGUCAUCAGCGUGCACAGCCAGAUCACGAUCCAAACACAAAGCACUGUUUAAAUGGUGCUGAUGCUGAUUUGAUUAUGUUGGGAUUGGCAACACACGAGGUUAACUUCACCAUACUUCGAGAAGAGUUUAAACCUAACCAGAAGAGACCUUGUGAAAUAUGUGCACAAGUGGGUCAUGAUAAAACAGAGUGUGAAGGUUUGCCUAAAGAAAAAGUCAGUGAGAAUGAUGAUAUUCAACCAUUUGUUGGCCAAGAUGUUGAAUUUAUAUUUAUCCGACUUAAUGUUUUGAGGGAGUACCUGGAGAGGGAACUGAAAAUGGAAGGGUUACCUUUUUACAACUUUGAACGUGCACUGGAUGAUUGGAUUUUUAUGUGCUUUUUUGUUGGUAAUGAUUUCUUACCUCACCUUCCGUCACUUGAGAUUAGAGAAGGUGCUAUAGACCGGUUGGUGAGAAUAUACAAAAAUUGUUUGCCACAAAUGGGGGGAUAUCUUGGUGAUAGUGGAUUUGUGAAUAUGGAAAGAGUACAACGAAUCCUUCAAGAGCUUGGUGAAGUUGAGGACGAAAUAUUUCGAAAACGACAACAAUUUGAGGAAGGGAUGAAAAGGAGAAGGCAACAGAACGAAGAACGAAACAAAAGACAGAGAAUGGAAGGGAGUGACUCUCCUGGCUGGUCUCCUCGAAAUUAUGGAACACCGCUUGGACGGAACCAAACCCCAAUGGAAUCACCAUCGUAUAAAUCCUUUUAUCAAAACCAAUCAACACCUUCGCCGAACGUAAGAAAUCAGAGCGCUGCUUCUGAUUUACGAAUGAUGCUACGCACGCCAGAUUCAGGUGCCACCGCUGAAAAGUCAACUCCACAAGGCGAUAGUGAGGUAAGGAAAGGAUUGAAAAGACCUCAUGAAGAUGAAAAGAAAGAAGAGAAAAAGAAAGAGGAUGAACCUGAAGACCACAUAAGGUUGUGGGAGGAAGGUUGGAAGGAGCGUUAUUAUCUCCACAAAUUUGGCGUCUCCAAAGAUUUGGAUCCCAAGUACUUUUUGCGUUUUCGUAAACACGUGGCCGAUGAAUAUGUUCUUGGUUUAUGCUGGGUUCUACAGUAUUACUUCCAAGGCUGUCCAUCUUGGAAUUGGUUUUAUCCGUUUCAUUACGCUCCUUUUGCGUCCGAUUUCUUAGAUAUCGACAAAGUAGACACAACCUUUGAAAGAGGCACUGGACCGUUCAAGCCAUUGGAGCAACUUAUGAGCGUUUUUCCUGCUGCCAGUGGGAAAUUUUUGCCGCCAACAUGGAGAGAACUGAUGCAAAGUCCAGAUUCUGAGAUCAUUGAUUUUUACCCUACGGAUUUCAAGAUAGACUUAAAUGGAAAAAGAUUUGCUUGGCAAGGAGUGGCACUAUUACCAUUUGUGGAUGAGAAGAGACUUCACAGGACAUUGAAGAAAGUUUAUGGCGACUUAACAGAAGAUGAAAAACGAAGAAAUAAACGCGACCACAAUAUGAUGUUCAUGCGGAUGGGAACAUCGCUGUAUGAUUUCGUGUAUGGUUUACAUGAAAACGGGAUGCUGGACGAGAAGCAAGAUAUUGUUACUGAUUUCUCAAAUGGUGUGAGAGGAAAAGUGUUUGCGGAUGAUAAACUUGUACCGCCAGGAAGCGUACACAUCUCUCCUGUACCUGGACAGCCUGAUUUAACAUCGACAAAAGCUUUCAGCGUUCGAUAUGAGGAUCCUACGUAUGAAGAAGGGUUUGUGUUUCCAGCAAAAAUUCUUGAAAAUGCCACACGUCCAGAACGUACGUUAAAACCGGGAGAUUUUCCGGCGGAUAAAAAAUGGCGACCACAGACUGGUAUGAGCCGGAAUUCGUAUAGUCCGCAGCAUGUUGCACCGGGUGGCCAUCGCAUGCUAAGGCACGAGCUUGGUAUGAAUCGGCCACCGUCUCCAUAUAAUACUCCAUACAACAAUUCUUAUCACAACAACCACACGGGACACGCACCAUAUAAUAACUCUCCUCGACAGUGGAAUUCUCCGCGAAUGGCUCCCCCGCCAUGGGGUCAAGUACGUCCACCCAAUUUUUACAAUCAGCAACCUCAACGUGGAUGGGAGCACAGAGGUGGAGGACACCAAAGAAGUUAUAGUAAUCGAGACACAAGUUACCAAAAUAAUCAAGACGCGGGUUACCAGAACUAUCAAAGAGAUGGUGACAGACGCCGUUCGUUUCCAAGCUCCAACCACUACAGAAGAUAGUUUAUUUUCAACCUCGUCCCCAUGUUUUAUGGAUUUUUCGUGACGUGACCCGUCUCUGUAUGGAAAGACUAACUGUAUACUCUAUUGAUGCAAUAAAUAUUAAUUUUAUUUCCAA